CCUCUCUGGGUCACGGGUGAGGGGGCAGGGUGGCCUCUCAGAGCGAGGGUGGCAGUCGCACCCGAGGGAGGCUGGCUCUGCUGGGCGGCGGCUGCCCAGACCCCCGGAUCGCGCGCGGCCCAUGGCGGAGGAGACCUUCCCCUUCACCUCCUCCACCCUGCGCUCUCUCCGCCUGCAGCGGGAGUGGCUGGAAUGGGAGGACCGGCGGCGGGCGGCGGCCCAGCGGUGCCGGAGCCAAAGGUGCCCCUCGAGUUCGCGGGCCCGACUCACCAGGCCGCGCCGCUCCUGCCGGGACCCGGCUGUGCACAAUGCCCUGUUCUCCGGCGACCUGCAGCAGAUCCAAGCCCUGUUCCAGGACGAAGACGCUGCCAACAUGAUUGUGGAGACUGUGAGCAACCAGCUGGCCUGGUCAGCUGAACAGGGGUUCUGGGUGCUGACCCCCAAGGCCAAGCACACGGCACCCCUUACCAUCACUGCGGCCCGAGGCUACACCGACUGCGCCCGCUACCUGAUCCGGCAGGGAGCCGAGCUGGACGCUCGAGUCGGGGGCCGCACAGCCUUGCACGAGGCCUGUGCCCGGGCCCAGUCCGACUGUGUGCAGUUGCUGCUGACCUUCGGCGCCAAGGUCAACAUGUUGUCCGAGGAGGGCACGACCCCCUUACACCUGUGCACAGCCCCGGAGUCCUUGCAGUGCGCCAAGAUGCUGCUGGAGGCGGGAGCGACUGUGAACUUGGCCACACGGGAUAGCGAGGUGACGCCUCUGCAUGUAGCUGCUGCGCGUGGCCUGGAGGAGCACGUGGCCCUCUACCUGGAGCACGGCGCCAACGUGAACCUGCGCACCAGCCAGGGCGAGACAGCCCUGAACGCAGCAUGUGCGGGGGCCGAGGGCCCGAGCAGCAGCCGGCAGCACCAGGCUGCUGCGCGCCGGCUCCUGGAGGCUGGGGCCGAUGCCCGGGCAGCUGGGCGCAAGCGCCACACGCCGCUGCAUAAUGCCUGUGCCAACGGCUGCGGGGCCCUGGCCGAGCUGCUACUCCGCCACGGGGCCUCCGCUUCAGUCCCCAACGGGGCAGGCCACACACCCAUGGACUGCGCCCUGCAGGCUGUCCAGGACGCCCCCAACUGGGAGCCCGAGGUCCUCUUUGCCGCACUGCUGGACUACGGCGCCCAGCCCGUGCGCCCUGAGAUGCUGAGACACUGUGCCAACUUCCCUCGGGCCCUGGAAGUCCUGCUUAAUGCCUACCCUUGUGUCCCGUCCUGUGAUACCUGGGUCGAGGCAGUGCUCCCAGAGCUGUGGCAGGAGCACGAAGCCUUCUACAGCUCGGCCCUGUGCCUGGUGAACCAGCCGCGGCGGCUGCAGCACCUGGCCCGGCUGGCUGUGCGUGCUCAGCUGGGCAGCCGCUGCCGACAGGCCGCCGCCCGCCUGCCCCUGCCCCCGCUCCUCAGAGACUACCUGCUGCUGCGUGUGGAGGGGCGUAUCCAGUGAGCCCCGUGCCUAACUCUUCCCAGAGCUUGUCCUGCCCCCUCCAUCAGCCAUCCCCCCAACCCCGGAGGACCAGUCCCUGGCCUUCUUGUCCAUGCCCCGAAUGUCCUCCAGGGCCAGUUCGUUCCAUCCAUCUUCUUGAGCCACCUGCCGACCUCCAGUCUGACCCGAACUUCAGCUCCUCUCUCCAGUGGGAAGGUCUGCAGACUCAGCCUUGGCCUGCCUCCUCCUCCUCUGCCUAAGUGGAUGAUGGCCCCUCCAUCCACACAGGCCCCAGUCCAGGAGGAAGUGAUCCUUGUUGCCCCCUCCCGUCUGCUACGCAUGCACCUGUUUAGCCUUCUGAAGAGUGACAGACUCUGCCUCUAGCUGUACCACCAAUAUCUGACCUGCCUUUGUCACCUCAAGGGAGGCCCAGACUGACUGGUCUUGAAACCCAUGCCCUGCAAGGAUGCUGGAACAAUCUUUGGAAAUCACACAACUCUGAUGGUGCCCUUCAGUGGCUCCACACUACCUUCAGGCUAAAGUCAAAACUCAACAGAGCGGAGAAUUUCUUGGUGUCUCAGUGGGUUAAGGAUCUGGCAUUGUCAUUGCCGUGGCUCGAGUUCAAUCCCUGGCCCAGGAACUUCUUCAGGCCAAGGGCAUGCUCCCCGCCCAAAAAAAUUGGGGAAAAAAAAAAAAAAACUUGACUGGAGUUCCUGUUGUGGCUCAGUGAGUUAAGAACCUGACUAGUAUCCAUGAGGAUGCAGGUUCAAUCCCUGGCCUCACUAAGUGGGUUAAGGAUCCAGCGUUACCUCGAGCUGUGCUGUAGGUCACAGACGCAGCUCGGAUCCCCCGUUGCUGUGGCUCUGGUGUAGGCUGGUGGCUACAGCUCCGAUUCAGCCCCUAGCCUGGGAACUUCUAUAUGCCCCAGGUGAGGCUCUAAAAAGAAAAAAAAAAAAAACUCGACAAAGCUUCUAGCCCCUGCCUCUGCCAAGCUCUCUGGCCUCCUGAUCCCCCUUGUCCUUUCUAAGGCUCUGGUAGCCCAGAUUCAGCAAACUAGUUACGAGUUGCCAGAUAUGACCUGGUCCCCUUUGCUUCCAGGCAUCUGCAUGUGCUGUUCCCUCUGCUUGGCUCACCCUUCCCACAUUUUUUCUUUGCCCUGGUUGAAGCUGAUUUGAGCCUCAGGAUUCAGGCCAAUAGCCCUAUCUCUGCAGAGCCUUUUUUUUUUUUUUUUUUUUUUAGCAACCGCAGCUCGGGGUUGGCGUUAUACUUCCUUGGUAUUACACUUAUUCAAUCAGGAACCUGUGUCUGCCUCAACUACCACCCCAUCCCCCGCGGUGCAUGCUGUUUUAAGCAGUGGUCAGUGACCACUCAAAAGGGUCUGGAACAGAAGGACCAGCCACCCGCUGCCCCCCCCACUUCCUCCUUUGUCUCCAGAGUCAAAAGUACCAUCAUUCAUCUUUCAGAGGAAGCUUUCUGAGCCGAGCCAGUUCUUAUGAACACAAAUAAAUGAUUUGUGCACAGAA